UUUAGCACCCUCCACGUCGCUGAGGCCGACACUACUCAAUACUUCCUCGACUAUGCCUCCCAAAACUUCUUCUGCCGCCGCCUCGCCGGCAUCUGCCUCUCCUUUGGUCACCCUGUUUAAAGCUUACAAUGAGCAAACCUCGGACCGCCUGAAGUUCAUCGACGCGUUCCUCGUGUUCCUCAUGCUCUCGGGCAUUGUGCAAUUCGUCUACUGCUUCCUCAUCACAACUUUCCCCUACAACGCUUUCUUAUCUGGAUUCUCGAGCACCGUCGGUCAAUUCGUCUUGACCGCGUCCCUGCGGUCACAGGUCAACCCAGCAAACAAGAACGAGUUCAAGGAAGUCUCCCCGGAAAGAGCAUUCGCUGAUUUCGCCCUCGGCUCAAUCGUGCUGCAUUUCUUCGUGUUUAACUUCCUUGGAUAGAUAUUGUAAUUGAGUAGACUGGAGUGAAAGUGGUACAGAUAUACGUGAGAGUGAGACGGAAGUGGGGAACCGCGCGAUGCGACGUAGUGGCUCAGUGUUGCCUUUCGAAAGAAGAGGAGCGCUGCAAGUCGUGAGACCAAGACAUAGUGGAAACUAUCAAAGCCACUGACCCCGCAGAUGACAACAGCGAAGUCGAAAGCGUACUCUCCUGCAUGCAGUGGUCAAAGGAUGACCGGAUGCCGAGAAAUAAAGACACGCACCGAAUUCGAGGUACGAUCGCAGCAGUUCUACAGAGUCGAGUUACCUGGGAAACAACGACGAAAGACGCGUAGACGCACGACGAAUGUCCUUAUUGGGGACUUGAGAGAGUUUGGGACUGGUUUGAAUGGGUGAGUAAGAGCGCGUGCGUGCAGCGCAGUAAGACGCGCACGUUAAUCCGGUAUUCCGCUUCAUCCCAGCGAGGAAUAUGCUGAUGAGCAUGGCGUCGAUGCCGAGGUGAACUGCAUAGAAGGCAUCACGAUCAAUUGCCUCAAGUCCAUUCCAGCGGGGACAAACCGAGCUUGCCGAACAUCGUCGAAAAGGUAAUAAGCAGAAAGCAGAGAUCAGGAUUUACACUCUUGUGCCGAAACCGAUGGCAACACUGUGGCAGUCAGUGGCUGUGUCCGGCGGAACCAAACCCUGACGUAAUCCGUGACCACGCUUUCUCCCCACAACAAUACCGAACAGGCGCUUCAGCCAACUUGCUCCGGUCCACAUUGUUCAUUGUCUCUACGCGAGGGUCAAUCAUGUCAGGGAAUUCCACCCCUCCCACCAAUGGCAAGCUGCCUUUCAACGUGUCUUUCGACCGAUUCAAACGCGACGAGUUGUCGGAUUGGGCGGGCGCAUUUACUUUGCUCGAUACUAUUGAGACCUACAUCGACUCACACGCGGACCUCCUCCAACGGAAACUGCAGAAGCACAGCGAUCGACUGAAAAUGCGCGCCGAGGAGACGUUCAAGAUGCGCGAUCUGUCGGGAGACCUGCACUUUGACAAGGAGUUCAAGAGCUUCAAACUUAAGGUCUCCAGUCGAAUGACGAAAUUGGCCACUUCCUGGCAGUCCGCUAAAGUCGUUCGCACCAGGGAGAAGGUUUCCUUCUUCUUUGGCGUCAUGACACUGUUCAGCUCUGCCCUUUUGUUUGGUCUGGCACCACAAUGGGUCCACAUUGUAUACUCUGUACUGGGCGGCUAUCUAAUUCCUCUGCGCGCCUACACAUACAAGAAACGCGCGUGGCACUAUUUCUUGUUCGAUCUAUGCUACUAUGUGACCAUCCUCAACUUCGUGUAUCUCUGGAUCCUUCCGUCCAGCCCAUCCCUCUUCGUUGCCUGUUACUGCCUUUCGCAUGGGUCGUUGGCCAGUGCUAUCUUGACCUGGCGGAAUAGUCUGGUCUUCCACGACCAAGAUAAAGUGACGUCGCUGUUCAUCCAUAUCUAUCCUCCCUUUACGUUUACUGUUAUCCGUCACUUCUAUCCCAAUGCUGAGCUCAGGUUCCCUGCUCUCCAACAACUGCCUCACCUGAAUCCGAUUCGAGCCCUCUUGUUAAGCGGAGGAAUCUAUCUCAGCUGGCAACUGCUUUAUUACAAGUUCGUCUUGGUUGAUCGACGAGAGAAGAUCGAAUCCGGGGAACGCACCACCUCCUUCUCGUUCCUGUUGAAUGAUAAACGAGGAGCCAUCGGAAAGGCACUUUCUGCGAUAUCCCCUGCUUAUCGCGAGGUCGCUUUCAUGGCCGGACAGCUAGUCUAUUCCAUUCUGACGGAGGUCCCGCCUGUCUUUAUCUUGUAUGAUAGCCCGUUUUGGAGCGGGGCGUUCCUUAUCUUCAUCCUGUCCGUGAGUGUAUGGAAUGGGGGAGGCUUCUAUAUCGAGGUUUUCGGUCGCAAAUUCGAGCGUGAGCUUGAGGCGUUGCGGAAGGAGCUGGCCGAAGCCACUGCUGCACGAUCCGGGCGUUCCAGUCCAACCAACACGCCUGGCUUAAGCCGCAGCGCCAGCGAUGAUGGCCUCUCUUCCGCUGAACAGUCGCCCAAUGUGACGCCCAAGCUUCUUCCCGAAGACCCGCCGAAUCUGCCUCUGAAUGCGAAGAAAUUUGAUUAAUCCGCGUAGCCGGACGGAACUCUUACGAUCUCUUAUGAUGUAACGCCAAUGUUAGAAUGACCGAUCUAGGCGCUGUAGAUUUUUAGUUUAUGUCCCUCCAUAUCUACGCCGUACUGUAGCUUCUAUUACAUUCUACUUCUGUGUGGAAAGACAUCAGACGUGUCCGCGAAUAAAGCAGUUCAUUGUCAUCAAAUCCUCGUCUCCAUUCCUUCCGCAAAAGCUCGGAGAAUCUCUCUUCACUGGAUCAAACAAUAUUCUAAAUAUAGUAAAAUUAUUACAGGGCAUUCUGUACAGUAUCAGGACACUCGCGCAAACAUUCUAUCAGUGGGUAAUUACAUCAGUUCUUGAGCACCAUUCUCGGACUCCGCCUCGAAAGUCCACCCGUACUGCCUGUUUCCCGACAAGCUUCAUCAGAGCCCGGUGGACUGGCUCUAGCCCACCCAGAAC